AUGCAUAACAGGGUGAAACUGGAGUUGGAAGAGGCAGUGGAUUGGAAUUCCAUGUAUCCAGAGAGUGAGGUAAGAUCCCAAUCUCCAUACAAAUACAAAAUCCACUGAACUGGAAACUAAAUUUAUUUGGAAACUGUUUUAUUAACUUAAGUUUAAAUUGCCAGGAAUUCUGUUUGGGCAAAUUAGUGAAACUGAAACCAUAACUGACGUGGCAAAAUCUUUCCAAUUUGACUAUUUUUGCCUAAAAAUCUAAAUUCGCAUUUAAUUUUUGGUCAUCGUUGUAAUGGACUGCGCUACAAAACUGACAAAGUUCUUCACUACAGUGAAAAAAAAUUAGUUUGAAUUUAAGGCCAAAGUAAUUGAACAGGAAGCAUAGUUGAUGUGGAAAAUGUCUUCAGUUUGGAUACUUUGGGCCUUAAAGUUGAAAUUUACUUUGAACUCUCACUUCAGUAAAUGACCCAGUGUGAAAUUUAAAAUCUCAUUAGCUGAGAUGGCUAGCCAUAUUGUUAUUUUAGUUCAUUUGAUUUAAAGGUUAUUUACUCCAUUUUCAAUUAGGUAAAAUUGACUGUUUUGUGAAUUAACAAAUGUUACAUUCACUUUGUUUAUGUGCACAAGUUGAGUCGUUUUGAUAUAUUCGUGUAAAUUCUUUGCGAGUUUUACAGGGUUAUUCACUAGGAAAAAUUUUAGGAUUUCAAACUGAUUUUUGGACAAAAUUUGAAUAUCAUGGUCUAACAUUUCAAAUUCACUCUGAAUUCCAUCAGUUUACACUUUAGCAAAUAACCCUGAUAGUGCUGGUGUGGUAAGGCCCAUGACUGAGGAUGAAUGAUGUUGAAAAGCUAGGUGAGGUAUUGAGGAAAGUAUUUUUGUUAAGGAUUUUAGGUCUUUAUCUGAUCUUUCUGAUCUGUUAGACUCUCCUACAGUACAAUGGCAGUUAUAUCUGCUUUUUAGGAUUGUAUCGUAUUGUUACUUGGAAUACUGAUGCAAGGGCAAUAUUUAACUGUCCUGUACAAUUUUAUGAAUCAAAAAUUUAAAUUAGAAGAAUACAAAAACUGCGUUCCUAAUAAUUAGUGUCCAUCUACCUCCUUGCCUCCACGUCACUGAUUAAAGGGUUAAAAACCCUCCUUUCACUUACCUUAUUGCAGCCCCAGGAUCUCCCGGCGCUGGAUCCAGCUGUUCAUCCCACAAUGUCAUGACGAUGGGGGUACGUAAUGUACAUGUGCAGCAAGCUUUGUGUAAGCAUUAGGCUUUUCCCAUAGGUAAGCAAUGAAUCAAUGCUUUCCUAUGGUGGGUUUUCAUGACUUUGGAAACCUCCUGCAAAAUGGCAGGACGUCCAGCGUCAUUGCACAAAGUUAAACUUUGUGUGAAUCGACAAUGCAUCUCUACUGGCUGCAAUGUUUUGCAUUGCAGGAUUAAGGAGACUGGGACAUUGCACCCCAAGGGGAUUUUUUUUUUUUUUUUUUUUAAAGAACACUACAAACAAUUUAACCCCAAUCCCAUUGCACGCCCCAAGCACUUUCAGACUAUCCAACACACCAAGACUAGAUAAAAUUGAUAUUCGAUGUCUAAAUUCCGCAUUAUUGAGAUAUUUGAGGAGACUCCAAGCUGGUCUUGGUAACAGUGAGUGUAUGUGUGUGUGUGUAUAUAGUAUCCCUCUCCAUUAUUUUCAACCUAUUCCAUGGUUAUUUUCCACUUUUACAUUGGGAAUAUAAAGUGGCUAAUACUUGUGAAGUCCCCUUUCUAACAAGCUUCUAAUAUAUGUUAUGAUUGUAAUGCUGAGCCUGUGAGUGUUUUUUGAGGGUUAGUAGGUUUUUUUUUUUUUUUUUUUAAACCAAAGUGGUUUAUUCACUAAACUCUUAAAUGUUCAUAUUGUGUUCCAGGGGUAGGAAACCUUUGACACUCCAGAUGUUGCAGACUACAUCUCCCACAGUUGGGUUGGUGAAUUUAUCAAGAUCAGCUGUUUAAAAAAAAAAAAAACUUAUUUAUUAAUAUUAUUAAUCUUUUUUUGAACCUUUUGGAUUUCUGUGGACUACCAUUUGUUAUUUAGUGAUUAAACAACAAAUUGCAGUGAACAGAAAUCCCAAUUGCAAAAAAUAGAUCUGGAAACAUUCUCCAACUUGGUCCUAGCUUGGCUAUUUCCUUUCAUUGACUAUUUCUGAUGUUAGUGAAGUCCUGGAUGAAGUAGGUUCUAUAACAUCAUUACACUUUAUUUAGCUUGUAACCUUUUCUGGUGCUGCAUUACUCAUCUGACUUAAACAGGAUGUUGUGUAUGUGUCUAGAACUUGCAUUUAGCAUCCAAUCAGCUCUUAUUGUUAUGCAUAUGAACUCUGUCUUGGGACCCAUUAAAUAAUUUAACCUCAUUAGAAAAGAACCUUUGUACAAUAAAGGAACAGAGGAAGUGUUUCCUCUGUAUAAUGUGGUCUUUUUUUGUACCUCAUUACCUGAAGGAAAGGGAACAGGAUGUAUUGUAUAGUGAUGCAAAGUAUCAGUUCACGUGUAUUGGUUUGUGUGGAUGUAACUGUUUUGGUAUUUUUUUUUUCUCCCCUCUUUUUUUUUCCCUUUUAACCAUUAAUAUUUACCAUAUAUACCCUGUAUGUUUUUAAUAUACUUUUUUUUUGUAAUUAAAAGGAACAGUAAAUUAAAAGAGAACGUUCCUACUUAUAAAACAAUCUUCUAGAGAGAGAAAUUGAGAUUUUGUUUUGUUUAUUUUUUAUUUUGUGAAAGGACAGUGUGGAGACACUGCACAUUGUGCAGUACUGACCCAGGAAGCAACUCUAGUGGCUGCCUGAGUGACUGCCAUCAGAGGCGUUCAAAGGCUGUGUUUACAUUAAAAGCCUGCAGGGACAGGCAGUAGUUACCAGAACAAUUACAUUAAGCUAUAGUUGUACUGGUGACUAUAGUGUCAUUUUAAUUUUGCAGUUUGGGUUUAAUUUUGCUGAAAUUUGGAGUUUACUGAAGAAACUCUUACUGUGUUAAAUUUCAAUAUGAGUCUUCAAAGUAUGUGAGAAAGGGUUCCCUUCAUCUUUUUCUCAUACUUGGAUAUCCAAGCCUGUUGGGUAAGAUUGUCUGCUAUAAGGGGAUUUAGAAGAAUAUUUAGAAAUUUCUGAACUAUCAAACUAGGCAAAUUAAAUGUAGUCAAUACACUAGUUCAGAAGAAUGUUUAGAAUUUUGCAGUUAUUUGUAAAUCCAUGCAUCUGAUCUGUUUGGUUUUUAUCUCUUGUUUGUAAAGCAAUUUUCUUACAUGUUUCUUUUGUAUUUCUUCUAGGUAUAUUCUGGGAUACACAACAUGCAUACUGGUCUUCCAAAUGGCUCAUUCUUGCCUAGUGAUGGUUCUAUGACUUACAUGAAUAAUGGUGUACCUGGACCUGUCAACAGCAUUCAAAACAAUAUAGGUUCUCUUGGCUCAAUGACCCAAAGUAUGGGGGCUUCUUUACCACCUACAGCACCAUCUUCAGCUUACCCAGUAAACUACUGCCAUGGAGAAUCUGGCUUCCAGAGGGAUCCUCGUACUUAUCGUAGAAACUACUCUCACGCAAAACCACCAUACUCCUACAUUUCUCUUAUUACUAUGGCCAUCAAGCAAUCUCACAACAAAAUGAUGACUUUGAAUGAGAUCUACCAGUGGAUAGUUGAUCUCUUUCCCUACUACCGGCAAAAUCAGCAGCGUUGGCAGAAUUCCAUACGUCACUCACUCUCCUUUAAUGAUUGCUUCAUUAAGGUUCCAAGAUCACCAGAGAAGCCUGGGAAAGGUUCUUACUGGACUCUUCACCCAGAUUCGGGCAAUAUGUUUGAAAAUGGAUGCUAUCUCAGACGACAAAAACGGUUUAGGUGUGAGAAGACCAGAUCUGGAGAUGGAGAGAGAAAAACUAGCAAGACUGUUGAUGAGCAAAGCAAGAGAUUGAGGGAAGCAGCAUAUAAUGAAUUAUCUCCAACACCUAAAACUGGUGUCAAAGAGGACUCCACAGUACCUGGUAUUCCUCAACCAACCAGUGCUUCUCCUGAUGGUCUUAGCCCAGUUUCUGAAGUGGGCUCAUCAUCACAACUUCUAUACCCAUUAAGCCACUCUGAAGGCUACCUUGGCUUAUCUGCAGAAGAUGCUCAGUUAAAACAAGAUACAUUGUCUGGAAGACACCCUUUUUCAAUUACUCAGCUGAUGUCUGUAGAACAGGAUUCAUCUUAUUCCUCUAAAAUGGACAUGUGUCUCACUAAUGACCAUCUUCCCCAGUAUCCGAAUUACACUUCUGACUAUAAUCAUGCAGUUAUGAAAAAUGGACAAGAUACUCAAUCAUCCCUUGAUGUCAACUAUUAUGCCAACAUGUAUUCCAGACCUAUUCUCAGCUCUCUCUAG